AUGACUGUAGUUCACUACAGAAAGAAUGAUCUCCUCUGGAUGAUGUUUGUUAGAAAUUUUUAUUUAGAAUAUAUAAGAGUCAAAGUAGUAGAAUCAGAGAUUAUAUCACAACAAUCUUUGUUUUUAUCAAAUGUUAUUAUUGAUUUAUUUCCUUCGGGUGAAGCAGUAUUUAAUACUGUAUAUGAAUCAUCAAAUAAUCAACCUAAAAAAGUUAUUAUAUUAGAUAAUAGUAAUUUAGAGAAUCAUCAGUUUUUAAAUAUAGUUUCAACAUUUAAUAAUAGUAUUAUUCGUAGUUAUAAGAUAAUAAAUUUUCAACCAAAUUUUAUCGAUUUUCCUAAAGAAAACUAUUUCCAACAGCUUCAAUCAAUUUUUAAAUCAUCAACAUUAAAAACAGUUCGAUUCAUCAUUACCAUGACACCUAUAGAUAUAUUUGGUAAAUUCAUUUCAUGUAUGUUGGAUUUUUCAAGCAAUCAGGUUUUUACAACCAAAGUGAAAGAAUGGAACAAUGGUAGAUGGGAGUUAUGUUCAUUUGUCAAUUAA